AUUUUUUUCUACUAUAAAAAUGCGUCAAAUAUUAGUAUUUUUUCUCUUUGUAUGCAUUUUGCAAAAUUUGACUUGGCAAACGACAGAUGCUGUGGCCAUAACCAAACGCUCGAGUAGUCGUGCGCUUUUCGACGAUGAAUUACGUGAGUUUAUCGAAUUUCUUAGAUUGCAAAUGCGUUGUGGUUAUGCUGACGCUGGUAUACCACCUUUAGCACCUUAUCAAGCAGAAUUUAAGGAAUUUGCUAUUAAUCAAGGAGACUGGAAUGUACGAGGCAACUUAACAGACCUUACUGUGACUGGCUUAGAUGAAUUUGAUGUUGUGGUGCUGAGUUGGAAUAAUGUGUUUCAAAAAUUGACAUUCGAUUUCAAUUUCGGAAGUAUUUUGAUGAAAAGUGCUUACAAAAUGAAUGCUUUAACAAGUAUGUUUGGUCCACCUUUGAAUUUCUAUGGCGAUGGUAACAUGCAGUUGGAAUUCCAAAAUCUUCGUGCAUAUGGCAGUUUUAAGUUGCGACCCUCAUUGAACGGUGGCCUACAUGCCUGGGCUUUCAAGUUCAACUUGGAGUUGGGUGGUGCUAAGUCAAAAUCUACUGGUUUUAUGAAUAGUGCAUUUUAUUCGAAAAUUUUUGAUUCUUGGAUUGAAGAAUUUCUUAAAGUUAUGUUUGAAGAAGACAACGCAGAGGCUAUGAGCGCUGCUCUGGAGAACUUAAUACAACCACCUUUGAAUAGUCUUUUGAAAAAUAUUUCAAUGCCAGAAUUGAUUGCUAUAAUUCUUGGUUUGGCUGGCGAUAUUUUGCCUAAAGAACCCAUUUGUUAAGAGUUCUUUUAAUUUCACUUUCUUUUAUUAUAAAUAG